UAUUCAAAAGUAUAAAGUCAAAUAUUAAAUAUUAAAUUAGUUUUGAGAAAUUAACUAAGUUGAAAACAAGCUUGUAUUGUCAAAUCCAGUAAAUUGCAUAGUCCAUGGUCUCGUGGCAACAAAUGACCGGUAACUGUCCGAUUUUUCACUGGCAAAAAUGCCAUCUCUCUCUGACCGAUUGAAUAUCCCAAUCUCAGCUGAUUUCGCCUCGAAAAUUCCAAAGAAAAUUCUGUAUCCGAAUGGACCCAAUCUAUACUUGGUUCGAUCAAAUCCAAGUUAACGAUCCCGAGUCAUACCGAUUCACCGCCCCAGUAUCUCAACUCUAACCGACCCACCCACGAACUUACGCAGCUGAUCAUUCACUCCUUUUCAACCGUGCCCACAAUCGAGCUCUCUCGGCCAUUAUUUCGCUCUCUUUUCUGUUAUUCCAAUUUCUUCUCUCGGGGCAUGUCCUCUUCACUGUCUCCGAAUGCGAACAAUGGGGAAACUGUUCGUAGGGACCGAAUUCUCUCCAGCAAGCUGUAUUUUGAUGUUCCUUCUUCGAAGGUUCCGGUGAUAUAUUCGUCAUCGUAUGACAUCUCAUUUCUUGGAAUAGAGAAGUUGCAUCCAUUUGAUUCAAAGAAAUGGGGUCGUGUAUGCCAAUUCCUUAUUGCCGCUGGAGUUUUAAGGAAAGAUCAAAUUAUCGAGCCUUUGGAAGCUAAGAAGAAUGAUCUUCUUGUGGUACAUCCGGAAUCAUACUUGAAUAGUCUGAAGAACAGUUCAAAUGUUGCUAAGAUUAUUGAGGUCCCUCCUGUUGCAUUGUUUCCUCAUUGUGUUGUCAAGGAGAAAGUUCAACGUCCAUUUCGUAACCAGGUUGGAGGGAGCAUAUUAGCUGGAAAAGUAGCAAAAGAGAAAGGAUGGGCUAUCAAUGUAGGAGGUGGUUUUCACCAUUGCUCAGCAGAACAAGGAGGGGGAUUUUGUGUAUAUGCAGAUAUUUCUCUGUGUAUACACUACGCCUUCGUUCAGCUAAAUAUAUCAAGGGUAAUGAUUAUUGAUCUUGAUGCCCAUCAAGGAAAUGGCCAUGAAAUGGAUUUUGCUCAUGAUAGACGAGUAUAUAUUCUUGAUAUGUUCAAUCCUGGAAUAUAUCCAUUUGAUUAUGAGGCUAGAAGAUGCAUUGAUCAGAAAGUUGAAGUAGUUAGUGGGACCACAACAAGUGAAUACUUGAAGAAAUUAGAUGAAGCACUCGAGGUUGCUGCCACUUCAUAUGAUCCAGAAUUAAUUGUUUACAAUGCUGGGACUGAUAUUCUAGAUGGAGAUCCUCUGGGCUUGUUAAAGAUUAGUGCCGAGGGAAUAGCUAAGAGAGAUGAAAAGGUUUUCAGAUUUGCUCGUGCGAGGAACAUUCCCAUUGUGAUGCUGACAUCAGGUCUUUUCCCUUACAUGAACUUGUCGAUGAAGUUUAUUGAGUAUGCACGUUUUUUAUUAUGCUUGACCUUUCUCUCUUGUAUUUAUAAAAAGUACACCCAUCCAUCCUUUUAUUUAAUACUAACUUUUAACUCUUUGACCAGGUGGUUUAUUUAGAAAUCUUUCUUAUUAAAAGUUAAACGGCUUUGUAUCUUUCACAUUUGCAUUCAACUUCAAUUCUUAAUAUUAUUAGGUGCGUUUAUCCCUCA